AUGAAGAAUGUCUUAAAGAGCAUGAAAAAUAAAUUUAAUUACAAGAAUACUGAAGAUAUUCUCAUUAUUAGCCUGUUAAAAGACCUAGAAGCUGCAACUCUAAUUGGCUUUGACUCCCUCUUGACUUUUAUUGCUAAAUCAAAGUUGCAAUCAAAGUCAAGCAGCUGGUCUUCGGUUUCCAAGCUAGUUCACCACAAAAGAGUGCCAUGUGAGUGUGAAGAAACAGAUGCAAAUGAGUUUGAGAUGGUAGAUGCAGCAUUGCAAUCUCUCAUCAGUCACAAGCCAAGCAAAUCUGAUUACUCUUUGGUUAUUGAUAAUGUACAGACCUGGCUCGGGAAGUUGGAAUUGAACAUUCAAGAUCUUGAAGAAGUUUUUGAAUUCCUUUCUCGAAGUAUUGUCAAGACUAGAGUUUCCCUUCUGAACAUCCUCAACCACUAG